GAGAAGGAGCCCGAGCUGGCCGCGCAGUUCGAGCGCGCAGUGCUCAACAGGAAGCUGCCAGACAACUGGGACGAGUGCCUCCCCAAGCUGACUGAGGAGGAUGCGGGCAAGGCUACUCGCUUGCACUCCCAGGACUGCCUGAACGCUAUUGCCCCGGUGCUGCCGGAGUUCAUGGGUGGCUCCGCCGACCUUGCGCCCUCCAACAUGACCCUGAUGAAGUGCACUGGCGACUUCCUCAAGGACAGCUACUCUGAGAGGAACUUCCGCUUCGGCAUUCGUGAGUUCGGCAUGGGCGCUGUGUGCAACGCCUUGUCAUUGGACAAGACAGGCAUCAUCCCCUACUGCGCCACCUUCACCAUCUUCACGGACUACAUGCGCUCGGCCAUCCGUAUUGCCGCCCUUUCCCAGGCAGGCACCAUCUUCGUGACCACGCACGACUCCAUUGCCGUAGGCGAGGAUGGUCCCACGCACCAGCCCAUUGAGACCAUCCCUUCCCUGCGACUGAUCCCCGACCUGACCGUCAUGCGACCAGCCGAUGGCAACGAGACCGCCGGCGCCUACAAGUAUGCAGUCGAGCGCUCCAAGAACGACUCCCGACCGACCAUGAUGGCCUUCUCCCGCCAGGCACUUCCGAACCUCCCCAACUCCUCCAUCGAGAACACCCUCAAGGGCGCCUAUGAGGUGGUGGAGUGCUCCGACCCAGAGGUGAUCAUCAUUGGCACAGGCUCCGAGGUCCAUGUCUGCGUCGACGCUGCCAAGUCCAUGGACGCGAAGGUCCGCGUCGUGUCCAUGCCCUCCGUGGAAGUCUUCCGAGCUCAGCCGGACAGCUACAAGGAGUCCAUCCUUCCCAAGGGCGUCCCCACCCUGAGCGUGGAGGCGGCUGUCACUUCCGGCUGGGGCGAGUUCUCCACCGCGCAGGUGGGCAUCAACGUCUUUGGCGCUUCCGCACCGGGGGGCACCUGCCUGGAGAAGUUUGGCUUCACGGCAGAGAAUGUCAAGGCGUGCGCAGAAAAGUGCCUCAAGGGCGAGACGGGUGUCCUCUCCGAUGGCUCUCAGGGCAAGCACUGA